AUGUUGAACAACUCUUUUGCCCCCAGUGGAUUACUUGCACUCAUAGUCAGAGGCAUCCAAUUGGUAUUCUCCAUCAUCGGCCUUGGUGUAUCUGCAGGUGCGGUACAUCAAUAUGGAUCAUGGGAUAGAGGUAACUUUGCUGUUGCCGCGUCGGUGAUCUCGUUUGUAUAUUUAUUGGUGACGAUAUUUGCGUUCCAAUUCAUUUCACCGCUUGUUUCACUUGUGGCGGAAAUCAUCUUGAUGAUUUUCUGGUUGGCAGCAUUUGCAGCCGUUGCUGAUGUGUUUGGCUCCGCUUCGUGUAACUACACAGUUUACUCAUAUUCUUUCCACAGCACCGGUUGCCGCUUGAGUAAGACCUUCAUCGCUUUUGGUGUUCUCAACUGGGUCUUGUUCCUUAUUUCUUUGGGCUUGCUCAUUUGGUUUACGAUCAUUCCCGUUUACAAGGCUGGUGGAUUCAACUUAUUGAACCAAAUAAAGUCCUUGAGUAGGGGAGCUUUGUUUGCUAACUUCAUCCCAGCUACUGGUUCCAAAGACCUCGAAGCUGGUAACGGUGUUUCGCAGGAUGUCACCAGUGGUGUGGACAGCGUGCCCGAAGACAAGACCGAGGCGGUGGACCCUGAGCCUACCGUCGAAGGCGCUGGCGAAGGCACUGUAGAGAGUCCCACAGUCCCAGCUACCCAGCCACAUUCGGCUAUCCACUAA